UGUGUCUCCACAGACUAAAGACAUCGAGUAAAGCGGAGUUUUGGGGCCGGGGAGGAGCUAAAGUGUAUUCCAGUGGGAAGAGUUUCCUUCCAUGAUGUCACAGCUGGCAGACUGGCCAUUGUAGAUCCAGGCAGGAGGAGAACCGAAGCAGUUUCUUUUGAGCUUUCACAGACACAAUCUACUUGUUUGUUUAUUUCUUUAUUUUUUUAAAUAAAACAACCCAAACGUUUAAUUGCCGUACAUCAUUGUGGACAUGGAAGACAAACCUCAUUUAUAUACUAUAACCCGUCCAUAGGAAAGGCGGUGCGUGUCGCAUACAAGUAGUUUAUUUUCAAAAAAGAAAACACGAGACAGAAAACUUUCUUUUGGAUUAAAGAGGAGGAAAAGGAGCAGGCCUCGCCGAACCACUGCAACAGGUUUCUACCCAAGAACAACAACAAAAAAAAGGGUUUUUUACAGAAGGAAAAGGACUGAAAAGAAAUAUAAAAAACAAAACCGAGGGAUAAAAAAAGUUUAACAUUGUACAAAAUUGUAAUUAAAAAUGAAAGCAUUUUAAAUAUAUCGUAUUCAACUGAAGAGGAAUUAAGUUUAAAUACGUUACGGAGCUAAAAUGAUGCCGAUGUUUUUGACUGUGUACCUCAGUAACAAUGAUCAGCAUUUUACAGAGGUGCCCAUUACUCCUGAGACCACCUGCCAUGACGUGGUGGAGCUGUGCAAGGAACCCGGAGAAACCGAAUGCCACCUGGCAGAAAUGUGGCGCGGUUCAGAGCGAGCCAUAGCAGAUAAUGAGCGAAUGAUUGACGUUCUCCAGCACUGGGGGAACCAGAGAACUGAAGUGAGAUUCUUCCUUCGGCAUGACCGCCCACCCAGCAGAGAAUCGGGGGGACCCAGACCCCAGGAUCAGACUGCCAAGAAGAAUGGUGUGAAAGGUCCUAUGGACAGAAGGAUGGAAAAUGGGGUGGAAGUUCCCCGGAUGGACAUGACUCUGUCUGAACUGCAGGAGAUGGCAAAAAGGCAGCAACAGGAAAUUGAUGCUCAGCAGCAGCUACUAGCUUCCAAGGAGCAGCGGCUGCGCUACCUCAAGAUGCACGAUAAGAGGCAGCAGCAGCAAGCGUCCGAGCAGGACAAGCUCCAGAGACUGCGGGAAAUUGCUGAGAACCAGGAGGCCAAGCUCAAGAAAGUACGAGCGCUAAAGGGACAUGUGGAGCAGAAGCGUCUCAGCAAUGGCAAACUUGUGGAGGAGAUUGAGCAGAUGAACAGCCUGUUUCAGCAGAAGCAAAGGGAGCUGGUGGUGGCAGUGUCCAAAGUAGAGGAACUCAGCAGGCAGCUGGAGAUGCUGAAAAAUGGCAAGAUCGACAGUUUUCACGAUAACAAAGGGGCUGUUGCUGAGCUGGACCGACUUUACAAGGAGCUGCAGCUGAGGAACAAACUGAACCAGGAACAGAAUGCAAAGCUGCAGCAGCAGAGGGAAUGUUUAAACAAGCGCAACACAGAGGUGGCAGUGAUGGACAAGCGUGUGAACGAGCUGCGAGAUCGCCUGUGGAAGAAGAAGGCAGCCCUGCAACAUAAGGAGAAUGUGCCAACUGUCUUUCCUGCUAAAGAAAAUUCAACAAAAGAAAACCAAAACAAAUAUUUUACAAAGAAGGUCUCGACACACCAGACGCGAUGCAAUUUGUCCUGCGAUAAAAUGAUUGUACCUGACAGCAAUGCAUCUCAGCAGAACGGUUCACCACAAAGCAGGGUGGCCGCGGUUGGUCCGUACAUCCAGUCCUCCACCGUGCCACGCGGCCCCUCCAGACAUGACCUCUUGAUCAAGCCAGUCUACCCUGAUGUCACGUCCACUCUGCCCGUGCAAGACGGUCCCCAGAAAACACAGACGCUUCCAAUGGGAAGAGCUGCGAAAACUGCUGCAGGUUCAGGAAGCCAGGCUCCCAGGCCACCUCAGGCCAGCACUGACUGGAGUAAUGUAGACCCCUCUGUGGGCCAUGGCUCAGUCUCCACGCUGCCCAGGACAGGGACAUACAGCACUGCAGAGCAGGAUGACACGGACAUAAUGUUGAGAGAAAAAGACAAGAAGGUACGUCCUUUCUCCAUGUUUGAAUCGACAGAUCCUUCCACUAGCGUAACGUCCACAGGGAGUCUUCGGAAAAACCAGAGCAAUGAGGACCUGCUGCGAGAUGCACAGAAUGCUCCCAGGAACCCAGUGAAAAUUCCACCCCCUGUGCCCAGCAAGCCCAAUAAAAUCAGCCUGUCUUUCAUCAAUCCGUCCAGCCAGCCUCUAACUACUGACAGUACACUGGAGGGUUCGCAGAAGCCUGUUUUGGUUGCAGGAACUUUUCCUGGCAAAACCAAGCCGGUAACCCAGCAGCCACAGCCCCUGGCACAGCAUUCCUCUCAGCAGAUCCAGCAAAGAAUCUCUGUACCCCCCUCCCUGCCAGCCACAGGUCAAAGCCACACCCUCCCACUGCCCUCCAAACAAGAGACUCCCCCAGCUGCCACUGUGCGCCCCUUCACUCCACAACCACCCGCUAAGGAGGCACCACCCCAGCCCUUCCACAAACCACAGACUGUGGCAGCCAGCUCUAUUUAUUCCAUGUACACACAGCAACAGACCCCGGGCAAGAACUUUCAGCAAGCCGUGCAAAGCACACUGACCCGUGCACAGACCCGAGGGACGCCCUUCACUAGCGUAUAUGGAAAACCUGUAAUCGCAGGAACCAGCAGCUCCCAGCAGUCACAAGGACAAUUCUCUGAAAACGGCCACCUGGACCAGUCUGAUUCUGAACUGGAACAGGGAGUGAUCAGCUCUGGAUUUGAGCCUCAGGAGACAGAGCGAAUCCCUCGGCCCUUGAGCCCCACCAAGCUGCUGCCCUUCAUCUCUAACCCCUACCGGCACCAGAGCGAAAUGGAACUGGAUGCUCUGAGAAAGAAGUUGUACAAUGCUCCUCGGCCCCUGAAGAAGCGCAGCUCCAUCACAGAGCCUGAGGGCCCCAACGGCCCUAACAUCCAAAAGCUGCUCUACCAGAAGACCACCUUGGCCGCCAUGGAGACAACAGGUUCAGCCCCUUUCUAUCAGCCAAAUCCAGCAGCAGAGGAAGAAAAUGGGCCACACGAAGAAGCAGCCAGCAUGAAUGACAGAGAGGGCCCUGAAGUUGAAGCAGUGCCUGAAACGGACACAUCAGAAGCCGACGUGAUAAAAGAACAGGAGGACGAGUUUGUACCCCCUCCUCCACCCUCCCACCCUGCGCCCAUACCUGAAGGACUGCUGGAAUCCCUGAGCUCCCCACUGCCUCCUGGAGAGGAGGAGCAUGACCCCAGCGCCCCCCUGCCUCUGGAUGCCUACAUGGAGGAGUACCCACCGUACCCUCCUCCUCCCUACCCUAUCACAGGGGAGCAGGAGAACCUCGGAGAGGACACCUUCAGCAUGCGCCCCCCUGAGAUCACAGGCCAGGUCUCGCUCCCACCGGGUAAGAGGACAAACCUGAGGAAGACAGGCUCAGAGAGAAUUGACCACGGGAUGCGUGUAAAAUUCAACCCACUCGCUCUUCUGCUCGACUCUUCUCUGGAGGGGGAGUUUGACCUGGUGCAGAGAAUAAUAUACGAGGUGGAUGACCCAAGCCAACCAAAUGACGAAGGGAUCACAGCUCUUCACAACGCAGUGUGUGCCGGUCACACUGAAAUCGUCAAGUUCCUUGUCCAGUUCGGGGUGAAUGUUAACGCGGCCGACAGCGAUGGCUGGACCCCCUUGCACUGUGCUGCCUCCUGCAAUAACGUCCAGGUCUGCAAGUUCCUCGUGGAGUCAGGGGCGGCGGUGUUUGCCAUGACAUACAGCGACAUGCAGACUUCUGCUGAGAAGUGUGAGGAGAUGGAGGAAGGGUACACCCAGUGCUCACAGUUCCUCUAUGGUGUCCAGGAGAAGAUGGGCAUCAUGAACAGAGGGUUGGUGUACGGGCUGUGGGACUACGAGGCUCACAACGAUGACGAGCUUGUGUUCAGAGAGGGGGACUGCAUGACGACUGUGCGGCGCGAGGAUGAGGAUGAGAUCGAGUGGUGGUGGGUGCGACUCGGAGACCAAGAGGGAUACGUCCCCCGGAACCUUCUCGGGUUGUAUCCAAGAAUCAAACCAAGACAAAGGAGCCUAGCGUAAAGAUUCUGGAGUAAACCCUCAAACCCUUUUAAUCGGUCUACACUACAUCAGUAACCAGUAGCAGUGACAUGGUCCAAAAGUCUUCAUAUGAAGAAAACACUACUACAUUAAAUGAAGGAACAAUGCUUUUGCUCUUGUUAUAAUGUGAACACUGUUUGAAGGUCUGUUGCUGCUGUGUGUAAAAACAAAAAAAAAGGCCUUUUCCUGCAAAUUAAGAUGGGUGGCUUUUAUAGAAAAAUGGUAGCAACACACCUCUCUGUAAUUUGAUGAAAUGUCACCAGUAAUGUAUGUGCAAGCAUGAAGGACCAGCAUUAAGAAUAAUUAAGAAAAAAAUAUAUUUUUGUGUAGAAAAACUUGUUUUUAUUUUUUUCCAUGAGACUUUGAAGGUCUAACAUUGUAACAAGCACAAGAUUGUAUGUUUAAAUUGUAAUACAACAUACCAGGCUAGAUUUAUAUGGUGGGUAUUGUCAUCUGAAGGCCAAAAAUGAACGCAAGGCUGUUUUUGAACUUCUUCAGUGCAGAGCUUGGCUGGUCACAAUCAUGUUGACUGUAGAGAAAAGUACAUUGACAUUGUCUCCUAGUGUUUGUUUUUAUCAGAGCAAAAGAUGGAAGUUUGAUUUUUUUUUUUUUAUUAAAAAUGUAGUUGAUAGGGCUUCAGUUUAUUAAUGGCUCCCAAUUGUAUUUCAUUAAUAUAGAAAUUCACAAGCAAAAACAAAUUAUUAUAACUUUUUUUAGAUUGUUGAUAACAGUGGUUUAGCUACAGUCAGAACAUAUGGUAUAUGCACCUAACUAAAAGUGUUCAUAUAUUUUAACUUGUAUCAUGAAGGUGAAGUAAUCAACUUCUGUCUAGAGUUCUCUAAACAAUGACCUGUCGUAUACAAUGAGAAUGGAGUCAUAGCCCAAAUAUAGAUGCACUCUGUUUAAUGAAGCUGCUGUGCUGUAUUUAGCAAUAAUAGUAAUAAAGGUAUACAUAUCUUCAUGAACCAAACAACACUUAAGAUUACAAUUUCUAUAUUACCUUUUAAUAAAAGUGUUCUAUAUAGAUGGAGACAUUCCUGGUUUUACUGAGAGAUCAGUUUGUCUCGGUUGAGCUUAAAUAGGUGAGCAAUGGACACAAAUAUCUGGGGGGUCCCAUGAAAAACCUUGGAACAGUACAAUUUAGAAAGGUUCAAACUGCUAUGGACUUGUUCUUGCCAUCCCUGCAGUACAAACCUAAAACUUACUGAGCAGGUGCAGUCAGAUAAUGGGGGGGGGGGGUAUCUUUGGAAAUAAACAUUGCAGUGACUGCAUUUAUGAAAAUCCUCCUGCUGACAGCAUUUAAUAAAAACUGACAUCAGCCUACCUGCCUCUGUUAAAAAUACUAGCUCUAUAGCUCGUUAUGGUACCACCUCCAAGUGCAAUUGUGCAGGACAGUAUAUUUAACUGCUGCUGGUACGUAUUGGAGAUCUCGCAAUGGGGUGUCAGAUUUUGCUUUUAAAAUAAAAUCUAUUGAUCCUCUUCAAUAAAAAACCUUUACACCCAUAAGUCAUAACAGUAUCCAGUCUAUUAUACAUUCCAUUUAUUAUUGUAGCAAAGUUAAUAUUACUUAGAAGUUUCACAGCACGAUGGGUUAAUUCCAAGCUAUUAAAGGAUAUCCAUAAAUGUGUAUAUUAAGUUACUAAUCCCCUCUAGACAUUAUUUUAAUAAAUGUGUGGAUUUGUAUUGCCUAAUAUACACAUCCCCAAAUAUCCAUUAAUUGUUUGGAGCAGUUUAGACCCUAAACUUCAAAGUAAUGGUUCCACAAAUGCUGUUUUUUUUUUUUUUUGUUUGUUUUGUUUUUACUUUUUUGUUUUGUAUAGUAAUUAUAAGAUCACUUGUAGAGUUUAAGGAUUCACAAUAAAAUACUUCAUGAAUGUG